AUGGCUUCUUCUUCCUCCUCUGAGGAGACAGCUGCCAUAAGCCUCGGCGAAGAUGGGGGCAUUCUGUUCGACCAUAAGGAAAUCUACUCCCCAGGACGGCGACUCCUUCUCCGAUCACACAAACCGCUUCCUCCCUACGGCCGUCAUCUGUACCCAAUUCCGGAUGGCUUGACUUCUGACGACAUGAUGCUCUCCGAUGAAGAGAAGAAGUACUCGCUGAGACGACUGGUCUUUGAUCCAAACAAUGCGCCCAAGACCAUCGAUAAGAGCAACCAAAAUGAUCCUGUUGCUUCCAUUGAGGUCGAGAUCAUUCGGAUGAUUGGCGGCAAUGCUGGAUACCACCCUGGUCCCCAAAAAGUCCUUUGCAAGGUUGUCGCUUCGCCAUCGACCGCGCCAAAUGAACGAGAGCAUGAGGUCCCGUCUGAGGGACAAUUACUCUUCCUGAAGGUGUUCGAUUCCUUGUUCUGGCACAAGACCAGUGACACUGACAUCGCCAAGCGCCUCAUCAAAGUCACAAUCCAGGCCGACUCAGCAUUCAGUGACGAAUUUGGCGUCUAUCACCGUCUCUUUGAAAAGGGGCUCACUGGCUUCCCCCAUGUCGCUCCUCAAUUCUAUGGAGGAUGGAUCACGGCGGUCAACUCUAUCAAUUCAUCGUUCGCCGACCGGACGCGAGAUGUUGCGGUGCUCGCAACCGAGUUUAUCGAUGGCACUUCCCUUGAUCAACUCUUUACGCUCGCUGGCCCCAAUUCUGAGGUGGUUGAGCUACACAACAACGCCGAGUCACGCGGGGCAUUUACCACCAACCAAGAUGAGAGAAUGAAGAUCAUCGAACAGCUCUUGGGUGGCACAGUCUCGCAAGAAUACAUCGGGGUGGACCACUGUGAGGUCUAUCCAGAGAAUGUGAUCAUCUCCAUGAGAAACAAGGGUGAAUUACUGGAGAAACCUCGGGCCGUUCUAGUUGGAUACGGACGCGCACUCGUCGACGGCCUGCGGACAAAGCCAGCUAAGUUGUGGGAGUCCUAUCCGCUGAAACCCCACCCGAUUCUUCGAUGCGGCUGGCCUAGAUGGCAAUUUUUUGCAGGAUGGAUUCCUACCGCUUGGGCAAGCCCCCCUGGGAAGGCAGAUCAAGUGCCAUUGUUCAACCAAUGGGUGGUUCUGACAUUCGGUCGUCUGGAUGUCAACGAGAACCUAAACGACAAAGAUGAAGCAGACAGGCCUUCUGCAAACGACUCCCGCCCUGUGUCACUCUCUCCAUUGUUGGCUGGAAUCUCCGGUGAGCGUGAAUCCUACACUGGGUCGCAAGAUUCGAGGCUCACUGAUCUGGACCCCAUUGAUUUGGAGAGCCUGACACUCGAGGAGAAAUCGAACGAUAAUCAGCCCAGCCGGCCCAAAGAACGUCGCUUCUAUCCUAACACCAUCUUCCGGAACCGCGCGAAUAUGCGCAACAUGAUCUUCAGUCGCCCGACGCCGUCUGAGGAACCAAGCAAGGAGCCAGGUGAGGAACGAGGUGAGGACUCAAACAUCGACUAA